GGGCGGCUAGGGCUGGGCCGAGCCCGACGGCGGAGCGGGCGCCCUGAAAAUGAGUCUGCAGGUCUUAAACGACAAAAAUGUCAGCAGUGAAAAAAGUACAGAAAAUUGCGACUUCCUGUUUUCCUCACCGGAAGUUACCGGAAGAUCGUCUGUUUUUCGUGUGUCACAGAAAGAAAAUGUGCCACCCAAGAACGUGGCCAAAGCUAUGAAGGUGACUUUUCAGACACCUCUGCGGGAUCCACAGACGCACAGGAUUCUAAGUCCUAGCAUGGCCAGCAAACUUGAGGCUCCUUUGGCUCAGGGUGAUACCCUUGGACUGGAAAACUGUCACCCGGUGUGGACGCAGAAAGAGAACCAACAGCUCAUCAAGGAAGUGGAUGCCAAAACUACUCAUGGAAUUCUACAGAAACCAGUGGAGGCUGACGCCAACCUCCUGGGGGAUGCAAGCCCAGCUUUUGGGAGUGGCAGCUCCAGCGAGCCUGGCCCAGGUGCCCUGGCUGACCUGGACUGCUCAAGUUCUUCCCAGAGCCCAGGAAGUUCUGAGAACCAAAUGGUGUCCCCAGAAAAAGUGUCUGGCAGCCCUGAGCAAGCCUUGGAGGAAAAUAUUAGUUCCUAUUCCUUAGACAGAAAAAUGACACCCACCUUUGAGACCCUAGAAGACCCUUCCAGGACAGAGUCCCAGCACAAAGCAGAGACUCCACACAGAGCCAAGGAAGAAUGCCGGCAUGGUGGGGUCUCUGCUCCCACAGCAGUGGCCACUUCGCCUCCUAGUGCGAUCCCUGAGGAAGCCUGCGGAGGAGCACCCCUGGGGGGUCUGCCUGGUGAGGCCCUGGCCUGCCCUGUGGGUAUGGGCACCCCCGUGCCAGCAGAUGACACUCAGGCCCUUCCCUGUGCACACACUUCUUGUCCUGAGAGCACAGCCCCGACCAGCCACCUGGUGACUGGCAGGGCCAUGACCCUGAGUCCUCAGGAAGAAGCAGCUGUGGACCAAAUGGCCAGCUCCUCGAGGAGCGGACCCAUAAAACUAGAAUUUGAUUUAUCUGAUGGCGCCACCAGCAAAAGGGCAGCCCCACCAAGGAGACUGGGAGAGAGAUCUGGCCUCAAGCCUCCCUUGAGGAGAGCAGCAGCGAGGCAGCAAAAGGCCCUGCAGGAGGUGGAGGAGGACCCCCCCAUGCCAGCUUCUCGGGGCUCUUACCACCUCGACUGGGACAAACUGGAUGACCCAAACUUCAACCCGUUCAGAGGUGACACCCUGUCUGGUCACAGAGAGGCCCAGCCCCCAGAAAGCCCUGAGACCAGGCUGGGCCGGCCAGCGUCUGAACAGCUGAGUGCUGGGCCUGCCACGGAGGAGCCAGGCACGUGUCUGAGCCAGCAGCUGCAUUCAGCCUCAGCGGAGGACACACCUGUGGUGCAGUUGACAGCUGAGACCCCAAGAGCAGAGAGCAAGGAGGGAGCCUUGAACUCUGCCAGCAUCUCGCUUCCCACAAGCUGUCCGGGCAGUGAGCCAGUGCCCACCCAUCAGCAGGGGCAGCCUGCCUUGGAGCUGAAAGAGGAGAACUUCAGAGACCCCGCUGAGGUUCUAGGCACGGGCGCAGAGGUGGAUUACCUGGAGCAGUUUGGAACUUCCUCGUUUAAGGAGUCGGCCUUGAGGAAGCAGUCCUUAUACCUCAAGUUCGACCCCCUGCUGAGGGACAGUCCUCGUAGACCAGUGCCCGUGGCCAUGGAGACCAGCAGCAUGCACGGUGCAAAUGAACCUCCCUCAGGAAGUCCGCGGGAAGCCAAGCUUGUGGAGUUCGAUUUCUUGGGAGCACUGGACAUUCCUGUGCCAGGCCCACCUCCAGGUGUCCCCGCACCUGGGGGCCCACCCCUGUCCACCGGGCCUAUAGUGGACCUGCUCCAGUACAGCCAGAAGGACCUGGAUGCAGCGGUAAAGGCUACACAGGAGGAGAACCGGGAGCUGAGGAGCAGGUGUGAGGAGCUCCACGGGAAGAACCUAGAGCUGGGGAAAAUCAUGGACAGGUUCGAAGAGGUCGUGUACCAGGCCAUGGAGGAAGUUCAGAAACAGAAGGAACUUGCCAAAGCUGAAAUCCAGAAAGUUCUAAAAGAAAAAGACCAACUUACUACAGACCUGAAUUCCAUGGAGAAGUCCUUCUCCGACCUCUUCAAGCGUUUUGAGAAACAGAAGGAGGUGAUCGAGGGCUACCGCAAGAACGAAGAGUCACUGAAGAAGUGUGUGGAGGAUUACCUGGCGAAGAUCACCCAGGAAGGCCAGAGGUACCAAGCCCUGAAGGCGCAUGCGGAGGAGAAGCUGCAGCUGGCAAACGAGGAGAUCGCCCAAGUCCGGAGCAAGGCCCAGGCGGAAGUGUUGGCCCUCCAGGCCAGCUUGAGGAAGGAGCAGAUGCGGAUCCAGUCGCUGGAGAAGACAGUGGAGCAGAAGACUAAAGAGAACGAGGAGCUGACCAGGAUCUGCGACGACCUCAUCUCCAAGAUGGAGAAGAUCUGACCUCCCGGGAGCCGCCGUCCCGCCCCUGCUCCCGUCCGUCGUCUCGUCUGAUUCUCUUAGGUGUCGUGUUCUUUUUUCUGUCUUUUCUUCAACUUUUUUUUUUUUAACUAGAUUGCUUUGAAAAGAUGAGUAAAUAAAAGUUUCCUUUCAGUUUAAACCCUGAA